AUGCUCGAUCUAUUCUUCUCUCCACCUGAGAUUUUCGUCGCGAAAGUUCAAGUCUUGGUAGAUUUCUUGGACUUGCAAACGUUGCCUUACCACAUACAUGAAAUAAUCAUCGCAUUUUGUUUCUACACCAUCGUCGAUACCUAUGUCUCCCAAAUUAUUUCAUCUCGACUCUUUCCAAAAAAAUACCCAUCGCUUUCCCAUCGAGGCAAGAUCAACUGGAACAUUCAUUUUGUCUCAUUCGUUCAAUCUACUGUGAUAUGUACAUUGGCCUUGUGGGUGCAAUGGACAGAUGAUGAACGAUGGAACAUGGACUGGCGGGGAAGAAUAUGGGGAUACACUGGGGCUGGAGGUCUUGUCCAGGCUUUUGCUAUGGGUUAUUUCUUAUGGGAUUUGAUGGCUAGUGUUGUUCAUCUAGACGUUCUUGGAUGGAGCUCGUUAAUACAUGCCAUCUGUGCACUUUUAGUGGUUGGCAUUGGUUUUAGACCAUUUGCGAAUUAUUAUGGUCUGAACUUCGUCCUUUACGAACUCUCCACCCCAUUCCUCAAUAUUCACUGGUUCUUCGAUAAGCUCAACAUGACGGGUUCCAAAGCACAACUUUACAAUGGCAUAGUGCUCCUCGUUAUGUUCUUCUCAUGCCGUCUUGUGUGGGGUGUCUACCAAUCUGCAAGAUUGUAUCAGGAUAUAUGGAGCUCUUUCCAUACCCCCAGUGCAAUAAUUGCCCCGGAGCCUGGAUUCCCUAGUGCUUCAGAAUGGGAACUCUUCAGAUUCUCCGGAGAAUCCAAAGAGCUGUCGCUACCAACAUGGUUGGCCUGGGGCUAUCUGGGAACGAAUACUAUAUUGACACUUUUAAAUUUCUAUUGGUUUAAUCAGAUGAUUUCCGCGGUAUCGAAAAGGUUCUCAAAGAAAGGAAAGCAUACACGAGCAAAUAAGAAAGAGUAG